AAAUCAUCAUAGUCGUUAGUUAAUUUUAACACGUUCAUGUUGUGUUGAUAUCAUGAGGUUGAUUAAUUUGUUAAUAAUAUUUAUAGUAGCUUUGAUCUUCGAAGCUAGAGGGGAGCCAACUACUGAAAAUAAUGUCACGGUUGAGAACGAAUCCUGCAAUGAAAAUACAAUCGAAGAACCUGAAAGUCUAGUUAAAGAGAAUCCAGAACCUUCCGAUAGCAAAACGACAUUACCUGAAUCCGAACCUCAAGAAGGGUCUGAGGAUUUAGUGGAUAAGGAAAAAUCCCAAAACAUAAAUGCUUCCACUGAAGUUCCUGGGACUGAAAGAACAUUAACUGAACCUGAACCACAAGAAGGUUCUGAGAAAUUAGACGAAAAGGAAAAAUCGCUCGAUAACAGUUCUACUGACGUUGCUGCAACCGAAAAUACAACUAAUUCCGAACCAAAUGAACGGCCUGAUAAUUUAGAUGAUGAGGAACAGUCACUUAAAAACAAUAGUUCUACUGAAACUCCGUCGACCGAAUGUACGUUAACUGAUUCUGAAGCACAAAAAGGGACUGAUGAUGUAGAUGAUAAGGACCAAUCCCUUAACAACAACAGUUUUAUCGAAGUCCCUGACACUGAAGGUAGUUUAUUAGUUUCUUAUUAUAACGAAGCUCGUGGACGUAAUGCUAUUGGUCCUUUUUCCAAGAUACAACUCCAUAAACUACCAAUACCUACAAAGUCACCGCGCAGGGCGCACCAUCUUCGAAGGACAAUGAUCAAAAUAUUUGAAGGAUUGGAAAAAGGGCUUAAAAAAAUCCUGGAUCCCGAAUCUGAUGAAGAAUCAGUUGAGACGUCUUAAGUGAGUUUUGACUGGAUUAUAUUCUUGUAAAAGUUUUACUCAUCAAAUAUGAAAUCACAAAAUCAAUAAAUGUUUGAAACUUUUGGCA